CCUGAAAGGGUAUAAAUAGGGAGGUCAGAGGCAGAGAUUCAAGGUUAGGCCACUUCUUGGCAUCAUCAUGACUAAGGUAACCAGGAAGCCACGGCAGUCAAGAAGAGUUGCAAUGCGGUUUGCUUCAAAGAUGAAUGGAAAAAAGAAGACCCUUUGUCAACGGAGGUACAGAGGCAGUGUGAAGGCACGAAAUAUGACCAUGAGGGUGAGAAGACCUCUACAAGGAACCAUGAGAAAGAAGAUCCGAUCAUAUGCCACUCAAUCGAAGAAGGUGAAGAAAACAAGAAAACCAAACUGUUUUUUCUGUUCCUGUGGACGUAAGAAACUGAAUCAAAGCCGAAAAAGGUACCAAAAUAUGAGGCAGAGUCAAAGAAGGAGGCAAAAUCAAAAGAGAAGAUAAGCUCAGCCACCCCAGAAUAAGAGACCCUGGAGAAGUACAAUGUGGGCAGCCAGUAACUGAAUAGAAAAGGUCGAACAGUUUAGAAUUGUGUCUCCAGAGGUCUGCUUUCUUAGAAAUGGCCAACCAAGAAAAGACUCCCACACUAACAUAGUAAACUGAUGGCUGCAAUUAAAAUAAACAUCAAAUGGUGAAAAGAU